UUCCGAUUUACAUCAACGGGAUCGAAUCGGUGCAACGAAUCUCAGAUCCGCAGUGAAGUCCCGCUAUGGUGCCGCAACCGGAGUUUCACGUCGGUUCAGUCCUGUUUACGUGAAACUUAAGUGUCAAACCGGGAUCUGAUUACACGUCUGAUUACACGCACACGUUCAGGUUCUGCAAGUUCCCGUGUGUUGAAGACACUUUGGUUGAAGGGUCCACAUGGAGCCCCACCGUUCUCUCGUCCUGGGUCUCUUCCUUCUUAUCUCUGCUGUUGCAGCUGAAGGUCUUCAACCCACAACACAAGACUGGAACAACUCUGGGCCUCAUCUGACUGGCUGCUUUUCCCGGGAGCUGGUGACAUUUCACUGUCGAUGGGAUGUCGGGUCUUUCCACAACCUUACAGAGCCGGGUGAUCUGAGGCUGUUCUACAAGACUGAUUGCAGCUCCUCCAAAAACAGAUUCAGCGAGUGGCAGGAGUGCCCGACUUACAGCAGCGCAGUGGAAAACGAGUGCUACUUCAAUAAGAGUCAUACCUGCGUGUGGUACAGUUACGUUAUUCAGCUGCGCUCCCGGACCGACGAGGUUUACGGACAAAAAACUUUCAGCGUGGAAGAAAUUGUAUUUCCAGACCCUCCUGAAGCUCUGAACUGGACCCUGGUGAGUUUGGGUCCCACUGGUUUGCUGUGUGACGUGUUGGUGAGCUGGAUGGUCCCAACUUCAGCAGCAGAGAGUGUGGAGACGGGAUGGAUGAAACUUCUGUACGAGACUCAGUACAGAGAGAAAGGAUCGGAUCAGUGGAAAUCUUUGGACAGCCGUGAGGUCACUGAGGCGUACGUCUAUGGCCUCAACACCAACACUGAUUAUGAAGUCAGGGUCCGCUCCAGAAUGAGAGGAUACAACUUUGGAGAAUUCAUUGACCCCAUCGUCAUAUUCGUUUCCAGCCAAGGGCCGAGAAACACUGUGGUUGCGGUGUUGACCCUCACUGUUGCUGCUAUUGGGAUCAUCCUGAUGCUGAUCGUGGUGUCGCGUCAACAGAAGCUUAUGGUGAUUCUCCUGCCGCCUGUUCCUGGACCGAAAAUCAAAGGGAUCGAUCCAGCUCUCCUAAAGAAGGGCAAAAUAACGGAAUUCACGUCCGUGCUGGACGCUCACCCAGGCCUGCACCCAGAGUGCUACACUAACGACCCGUGGGUGGAGUUCAUAGAGGUGGAUAUGGAUGAACCGAUCGAGACGUUGGAUGGCUUCGACGCGCCACUCCUCUUCAGCAACUCCUGCGUCUCCGACUCUCCUCCGACAUCCAGCUGUUUCCAGGAUGACGACUCUGGCCGCGCCAGCUGCUGCGACCCUGACCUGUCUGAUCACGACCACCAUGACGCUCCUUCCCCUUCCACCAACAGCCAUGACGGCUUCCACACUUUGUCUCCCGCUCAUUCGGGAAUCGUGGUUUCUCCUGCUCAGGAUCCGGCAUGGCCGGCCGGCCUGUACUCGCAGGUCGCCGAGGUGAUGCCAGGCGGUCAGCCACUGCUGUCUCCGGAACAAGCUGUGAGUGAAGACAGUAAAAGCCAAGCGAUAAGAAAUAAGGAAAAGAUGAAGAAGCCUGUGCUGGUGGUAAUCCCUGACGAACGAGGUUACACCUCAGAUUUGGAUGUGAAUAAAAUCAGUGCCUCUUUUAUGGAAACACUAAAUGAACCCAACACAAAGCAAGAGUCGGAUAGUUCUGCAGAACAGGUUCCAUCCGGUGUUUCGGCAUUUCCUGUCCUCUCGAUACCCAUGUCUCCCCCAGAAUACACCAUGGUGGAUGUAGUGGACUGGAACAACAGCCUCGUUUUGAGGAACCCUUCAACCUUUCCAGUGUCUGUUGUAAAAUCUGGAUCCACACCUGAAGGGUAUCUUACUCCUGACCUAUUAAGUAAAAUCGCGCCAAAAUAAGUGCUGGCGACAGACUGAGAUGGAUUUUAAAGCAGGAAUGGACUAGUUAUGACAGAUAGACAUUGUUGAUCAGCACUAAAGCUGGAUUAUAUUAAAAAAAAAGAAACAAUAUGGCAAUAAAUGACAGCACAAUACAUUUUUUGAAAAGUAUUGUCAGUAGAUCUGUUCAGGUUUUAUUUUUGUAUGUUUAAUUUCCAAAUUCAUGACCUCAGAUGUUUAAAAUGUUAAUGAACUUUGUUUACUGUCUUCAGGUGAAGUCAUAAACUUUUUCUGUGACUUAAUAUUUGGAACAAAGCUUUUAUUUUAUAAAGUUAUUGUGAGUUUCUUGAAUACAUCAACCAGCCAUAACAUUAAAACCACCUCCUUGUUUCUACACUCACUGUCCAUUUUAUCAGCUCCACUUACUAUAUAGAAGCACUUUGUAGUUCUACAAUUACUGACUGUAGUCCGUCUGUUUCUCUGCAUGCUUUGUUACCCCCUUUCACCCUGUUCUUCAAUGGUCAACCCCCACAGAGCAGGUAUUAUUUAGGUGGUGGAUCAUUCUCACCACUGCAGGGACACUAAGCGUCUUUCAAAUGAUCAGUCACAGAAAAAGAGCAGAUUUUGAAAUAACAAGGCUGACAUGAUGUACUUUUUUUACUUUAACGCCACCGUUUGAAGCAGUACAGCUUAGCUAUAGUCAUUAAACAGAGUGUAAACUAAUUUAAAUAUUCAUGUUGCUGCUUUGUUGCUGGUAGGUUUAUCAGUUACUACAGAAUAUAUUUGAGAUGUAAAUGCAAUUUCUAACUUGUAUUUUUUGUGUAAGCAAUUAUCUAGCAUAACACAAAUUGCAAAGCUAGUUUGUAUAAAAUAUGAUAUUUCUUAAUAAAUUACUAUUAUGAUUUUUUAUAAAAUAAAACUUCAUAUUUUGGAAUAAUAAAAUCCUUUAAUUUA